UCCUUCUGCAAAUUCAUGUGCUCAAAUCUCUGCCAGCGUCUGCUCAGAAAGGAAAAAGGGGAAAAACGUUCAGUGCUGUCUGAAGGAUUUUUUCUCCUUCGUCUGCCAGACCAUUACAAAUGUUACACUAAUGGUCUAAUUGGACCGGAUAAGGCUGAGUCUGAGGGAAUUACACCACAGUCUUGCCUUAUAAAAGCCCCAAUAGCAAGUGUCAUCUACUACAGAGAAAGGCAGAGAAGGAGAGAACAGGACACUGCAGAGAUGAACAGCGCUUCUCUUUUUCUCCUGUUAGCAUGUGUGUUAUUCACAUUUUCUUCUGCCCAGAAAAGCUGCAGAGGCCAAUGUGGAGAAGCUUAUAACCGAGGUGAUAAGUGUCACUGUGACUUUGAGUGCCUUUCACACAACGAGUGCUGCAAAAACUACGAGUCUGUUUGUACCACACGUGAUUCGUGUAAAGGGCGAUGCGGGGAGCGUUUUAAGAGAGGACGACAGUGCCACUGUGACAUUGAAUGUUUUAAAUUUAACCAGUGCUGUCCUGACUAUGAGACACAGUGCACACUUGAGGACACUGCUUUAAAGCCACAGCAGAGCACAGCAGACUCACCGCAAAGGACCUCUAGCUUACGCGUUAAUUCACAGUGUAACAAACUUGCAGAAGAAGAAACCGAUUAUCCUGAGGUGACUACCGACAGCAAUACACAAACCAGUCCUGCUGAAGAAGACUAUGGCCCGGAGGAAGAAGCGAUAACUGAGGCAACCCCUCUACUAAAAGCUGCUACUGACAGUGAGUCGUUGGCAGGUAAUGUUCCUACAGAGAAGGUGAUGGACCCCACUGAAACGGAACCUUCCCCCAUUCCAACGGUGGGUGAAAUAGAGCUGAGUGAUUCAGUGAAGGCAACCCCAGAGCCAGUUGAGACAGAAGAAAGCAGUUCUCCUCUCACUGAUGAGCUGAGUACUCCAGAAGCAACUAUGAACAUCCCAUCAAUCAUACCACCAGCUACUGAGGCCCCUACAGAGACAACAGGUAACAAUGAUCCUCCUGUACCUGAGAAAGACCCUGAAAGUUCUCAAGAUACAUCUGAAUCUGAGCCACUUCCUUCCAACUCCCCAACUUCUACUCCAUCUCCUGAGGUAACCACCAUGCCAAACAGCGACCAUUCAGACCUGCCACCAACCCCCACAAAUACAGCACAGGCAGCUCAGCUGGCUACCACUACUGCGCUGCCUGACCAGAACACCCAGACAAACUCACCUGAGCUUAAACCAUCUAACCCCGACCAACCUGAAGGAACGGUGGCUCCAGAGGACAACCCCGACCAACCUGAAGGAACAGUGGCUCCAGAGGACAACCCUGGACCACAGACAGAACAGCCAGCACAGCCAGAGCCCACUACAAGUGCAGCCUCUGCAGGAGUGGAGCCCAAGGACCUGGACCCAACAGAGAUUCCCAUCACUACAGAAACACCAAAGACUAAAGAAAGUACACGGGGUCCCCCAACAACACACGAUUUGUCCAUUACUCCUGAUUCUGUGAAACAAGAUCCUUCUCCCUCAAAAGAAGCAGAAAAGCCCACUAAACCUAAACCAGAGGCUAAAGAUGUUCUUGAUGAGGGCAACCCUCAGGAUUACCAGUCAGAUGCCAACAAAGACACAAACCUCUGCAGUGAACUUCCCGUCAAUGGCUUGACCACGCUGAGAAAUGGCACCAUCGCGGUUUUCCGAGGUCACUACUUUUGGAUGCUGGAUUCCAGAAGGAGACCUGGUCCUGCUCAGAGUAUCACAGACGUGUGGGGAAUUCCCUCUCCUAUUGAUACGGUUUUCACACGCUGUAACUGCCAGGGAAAGACCUACUUUUUCAAGGGAAAUAACUACUGGAGAUUUGAGAAUGAUGUCAUGGACCCUGGUUUUCCUAGACCAGUCAGUGAGGGCUUUGGAUUGGGGGGUCAGAUCACUGCAGCUUUGUCCAUGCCUCAGUACCGGAGCAGGAAGGAGUCCGUGUUCUUCUUCAAAAGAGGUGGAUUGGCUCAAAGAUACAGCUAUCGUGUCACACCGCAGUGCGGCCGCAAUCUAGCUGUGUAUACGACAAAGAAGAAAGUGAAGAGGCAAGCAGUUCCUGAACUGGGUCAAGAAAUUGACAUUAGGAAGAGCUUGAGAGGCUUUCCUUACACCGUGUCCUCUGCUAUAUCAGUUCAUUCUUCAGGAGGAGAUGGAUACAAAUACUAUGUCUUCUCAAAAAGCAAGUACUACAGUUUAAAGAUGGAGGGAGACACACCAGUGAUCCUAACCCCAAGGAGUGGACCAGGACAGCAAAAACCUGAAAAGAGCUGGUUCAGAUGCCAAAAAACUCUCUAGGGUCUAGGCCAUACUUCAAUUAACCCUUCAAAAUAAUAAAUUACAGAUAACACACAAAUAGUAACACAGAAAGUAACACACAAAUACGAAUGUCCAUCAGUUUUUCUACCAAAAGAAGUCUUUAUUGUAUUCACAUAAAAAAGUCAACGCAAUGCUUUUGGAGAUCCAUGUACAUUCAACGCAUUAAAUGGAAACACUGCCAUAAUCAAACAGAUGAAGAAGCAUUAGAAUUAUGUAGAUUAAAUCAUCCAGGUUGUGUUGCAGUAGAGGACAGAAUGAAAGCACUGUGUCUGGAAUUUGCUUUAUCUGGCAAAGCGCCCUCGCACUCCCAUAGCCCCUAAUCCAUCUGCAAAGAUAAAAAAAAAAAAAAAAAGAUUAUUACAAACAUCUGGUGUCUUAGAAAUGUGUAUAGAUUAAGUUACAUUUGUUUAUUUCUGACACUUCUGUAAUUAUUAUUAAACCCUAUACAUUUGCA